AUUGCAACAGUGGAGAAGUGCGCCAAUAAAUCUAUUCUUACCAGCGUGUUAACUGGCGUAGAAUUCUCGUAACAUGUAUCUCAUUGUUCGUCCAAGCUUACUGUCCCUUAAGCCGUACGAGGGAAAGAGCCGACGUAGCGUAUUACUGUUCAGAAUUGUUUCCAUAGUUCAGGUCUAACAAUUUUGUUAUCGGCUGUACUUAUCGUGAAAUACCAAUGUCUGGGAGGCAGUCAGGUAUGCAGAUCGCUGAUUGGCUAUAUUUAAGACCGGUUCUGUUCGUUUCCUGGCAACGCGUAAACAAUGUCAAAGUCAAAAGGAUGAAACGUUAACCGUUGCACGUGAACAUUUUACAUCGGAAGAUCUCCUUAGCGCACGUGUAUGCGCGUUACGCUUGUUCGCUCUAAUCCUAAUAAUGAUUCAUGCAUAUUGCAUAAGAUCGUUUGUCAUGUUAAGAAGGAAGUUAUUUUUCGUUCCAUGAUUGAACGGAGAAGUUGUAAAAAUUGAAUAAUAAAUCUAGCACGCUUGUGUUUUAGUAACAGAAAGUGUAAAAAGCUCCGAAUAAAUCAAUGUAUAUGGGAAAUAUUAAAAUUUAUAAGACAAGGCUCAAUGUUAUGGGAAUGCAUUAAAGAAGAUGAAAAUGAUGAAUGAAGAAUUAAAGGUGAUAGACUGUUUCAUGGUCAGGCGAUAUUGGUGCAACCUGACGGAAUUGUAAUGAAAUGGGACGUCACGUGAUCAUACUCAAAUGAUGGCUUCUUGUUGGAAUAUAACAAGUGUAUGACGACGAAAAAUGGGGGAGAAUAUUCAGGGAUCUUUCGUGUCUGAAAAAAUUUCUAAAAUAAGGUGGAAGCACGAAGACUUCACUGAAGCCAAAACUUUUUUAACCGGCAGUUGGGAUAAUCCGGUCAAUAAAAUUACAUACUGGACAUUUGAAACAAAUGAAGAUAAUGAGACAUACCCAGCUGUUAUAUCUUCACAUGCUUUUCUUGGAGAUGUAACGGAAUUAAAGUUUAUAAGCAAAGACUUCUUUGUCGCAUCAUCAUCAUUAGGAUCAGUAAGAUUAUUGCAAAUCCAAGAGAAUCCAUACGCACAAUUUAAAGAGCACAUGUCAUGGGAUUUUAUUCACAACUUUAAGACAGGAGAUUAUGCAUCAUGCACUGCCCUUUCCACCUUUGAACAGGAUAUAGUUUCAGUAGGCGAGGAUGGUAGAAUUAAUUUACUUACAGCCCGUCAAAAAAAACCAGUCAGAACUAUAGAGAAUGCAGACAGUUGUUCACUAUACUGUGUUGAUUUUUUGCGGCACAGUGAAAUCCUUACAGGAAACUUACGUGGGCACAUGAAAGUUUGGGAUCUAAGAAAUGACCAGGAUAUACCAGCAACUACUUUCAUGCUUUCGGAACAAUUAAAAACAGAAGCAGUAAGCAUAGCACAUCAUCCAACUCAAAGACACAUUGUUGUUGCUGGUGGUGGGGAUGGUAGCUUAACUGUCUGGGAUUUGCGACACAAUACUUAUCCGAUCUCGCAACUAAAUGCUCAUGCAAGAUCUGUUAGCGAAAUAUUAUUUCAUCCAGACCGCCCUGAAAAUCUAUUUACUUGUUCGGUCAGUGGGGAGUUGUGGCACUGGAACAACGCACAGAAAACAAAAAUGAAAUUAGAUUCCAUCGAUUCACAUUGGCUGAAUACCAUCGGUGCAAAUGGAAAGGUCAGUGUCGUUUCACUUUGCACUGCAAUGCACAAACCAAUAAACAGCAUCGAUAUUGAUAGAUCAACAUUAUUAUUUGGAUGCGAUAACGAAGCAAUAUAUGUCGUUAAGGAUAUAAUUGUUUGAAUGCACAAACAGUACCUAAAUAAUUUUUACAAUUGUGUAUUGUGUGAAAUAAAGGUUAUUUUCAAUAAUA